CUUUCAUAUGUCUGCAGUGCACAUCUGGAAGAGGUUACUCGUGCUCUUGUUUACUCUGAGGACGGUGUUAGAGUUUCACUGCAACUUAAAAAUGUCUUUCAUAAAGACUGAGGAAAAAAGCGACUUUUCUUAUCACAACUUGCCCUACGGAGUUUUUUCGACGCCGGAUAAUGCCAGGCACAGAAUCGGUGUUGCCAUUGGAGACCAAAUCUUGGACCUCAGUGUCAUCAAGCAUCUUUUCAAGGGACCGGCUCUGCAGCCACACCAGCAUGUCUUUGAACAGCCAACUCUCAAUGCAUUUAUGGCUCUGGGUUAUGAAGCUUGGAGAGAAGUGAGAAAGACCCUCCAAAUGCUUCUGUCUGCAAAUGAGCCCACGCUGCGGGAUGACGUCAGUUUACGAAGCCGGGCAUUUGUUCAUCAGAGUUUAGCCGUGAUGCAUCUCCCAGCAGAAAUAGGCGACUACACAGACUUCUACUCUUCUCGAGAUCACGCCACCAACGUUGGAAUAAUGUUCCGUGGAAAAGAAAAUGCCUUGAUGCCCAACUGGCUGAGGCUGCCGGUGGGCUAUCAUGGCAGAGCUUCAUCUGUGCUGGUUUCUGGGACGGCCAUCAGAAGACCUAAAGGACAGAUGAGGCCAGACGCUGCUCAGCCACCCAUCUUUGGACCUAGCAAGCAGCUGGAUAUUGAGUUGGAGAUGGCAUUCUUCGUGGGAAAGGGCAAUAAGUUGGGAGAGCCCAUCCCGAUAGAGAAAGCUCAUGAACACAUCUUUGGCAUGGUGAUAAUGAAUGACUGGAGUGCUCGGGACAUCCAGGCUUGGGAAUAUGUCCCAUUAGGUCCAUUCCUGGGUAAGAAUUUUGGGACCACCAUCUCACCCUGGGUCGUUCCCAUGGAGGCUCUGAUGCCCUUUGUUGAGCCCAAUCCUGUACAGGACCCUGUUCCUCUUCCAUACUUGCGUCAUGAUGACCCCUACACAUUCAACAUCAACCUCUUUGUUAGUGUGAAAGGUGAGGGGAUGCGAGAAGCCACCACCAUUUGCAAGUCCAAUUUUAAACACAUGUACUGGUCCAUGAAGCAGCAGCUGGCGCAUCACACAGUGAACGGCUGCAACGUCAGACCCGGAGACCUGCUGGCAUCAGGAACCAUCAGCGGACCGGAUCCUGAGAGUUUUGGCUCUAUGCUGGAGCUCUCCUGGAGGGGAACCAAGACCAUCGACCUUGGUGGAGGAGAAACCAGGACCUUCCUGAAGGAUGGAGACGAGGUCACUCUCUCAGGUUAUUGUGAGGGCCAGGGUUUCCGAGUGGGAUUCGGCCUGUGCGAGGGGAAGAUUCUUCCUGCCCUGCAGCAGUAACGCAACUCACUCUCUCUCCACACACACACACACACACACACACACACACACACACACACACACACACACACACACACACAACACACACAGGCUUGAGGAAAUACAGUAUUAUUCAUGUCCUUUAUGACUGUGUAAAAACAACGUCAAUCACGUUUUUACAUCUAUAAUGCAAUGAAUUGUAAAACAGAAUACCCAAAGGGACAGUUCUCCCAAAAAUGAAGAUGUAAUCGCUGUCAACUCUCCUUCAAGUGACUAUUUAAGGGCCCACACCUUUUUGGGGCUCCCGGAGUUACUAUUAGGGGGCCCGAUCAAACCAAUCCACAUCCCAAUUUUUCAAAAUAUCUGGCACUCAAAUAGAGUUUUGACAAGUAAAAAACCCCCCACCUUACAACAAGCCCCCCUUUCUUCAAGAAUGUUGCCAUAGGGCCCGUGUCGGCCAGUAGUGCCCCUGCCUUUAACUAUUUACUUCCAUUGCAGGAAAAACAAAUACUAUAGAUAUCAAUGGUUGCCGGUUUCCAACAUUUUUCAAAAAUAUCUUCUUCUGUGUUCAACAGAAACAAGAAACUCCAGAUUUUUGAAUAGGAUAAGUAGAAUGUCACUUGAUUUUAUACAUCAGAUUGUGAAAAGUGUUUUUUAAAGGGACAGUACACACAAUUCUGUUAUCCUUUACUCACCUUCUACUGCUAAAAAAACUGCUUAAGUAUCUUUCUUCUGUUGAACAACAAAAAAUGCAGAAGCAUGUUGGAAAACGGUUUACAAAUUUCGACAGAAAAAAAGAAAAUGAUACCGAUUUUGAACCAUUUUAGACCGAGUGAAUCAAUGGGCUCAAACUGAAUUCCUGGAGGGCCGCAUCUCUGCAGAUUUUAUCUAAAUCACACCUGCCUAAUAGUCUAGUCUUGAACACCUUGAUUAGAUGUAUCAGCUGUGUUUGAUUAGGGUUUGAGCAGAACUGCGCAGAGCUGCAGCCUUCCAGGAAUUGAGUGAGACCUAUGGAGAAAAUGGUGAGUGCAGUUUCUGAUGUACUAUUUAAUAAUUGCAUUAAAGAAGUGAAUAUCAAAACUGGUUUUCUUUGGAUAACUUGUUUUUCUUAAGAAAACAUUUUAAUUAGGUCAUUAUUGACUGAACGAGUCAAUAUUUAUGCAGUUCUGUUGGCUUCUGCAGAAAUGACACACUUGAACUACUUUGUUGUUCUGUUACUGAAAAAUAACGCAAUAAAGUUACUGACUUCCUUCAAACUGUAA